GUGUAGCCUUGUUUGCUAGUUAGCUACGUAGCUAGCGAGCCAGCCAACCAGCCAGCCCAUAGAGAGAGCAUUGCAUUGUGGAAUUGUGGUCGAUUUGAGCUGCAACUGAUUUCCACAACAAUUUUCACAUGUUGCUACCAACCUUAUUAUAACAUUUGUUCACAGAAAUAUUAUUCUCAAAUAUUAGUGUUAUGUAACACUGUAAAUCAUAGGAAUGUGGUUUUGGGGGAAUUUUUCCUUUUAUGGCGACCUCUCUGGUUUAUUGUGUGAACAGCGGCGAUGUGUUGGCAGGAAAUAGACAGAAGUUAGUCUCAGGAUGUGCAGGCUGGAGGUUUGUCAUGCCAGACUCCAAAGUCAAAACGUUUGUAGAUAUUUGUCAUACAGGAACACUGAAAAUCAGCUAAAUUCCAUGUCUAUUGGAAUUUUAAAAAGUAUCUGUCUACUUUCUGCCUAACACCGGUUAUUGAGAGUUUGUUUUCUAGAUAGACUCCUGUGCCAGUCAGGGUUGAAACUCAAAAAUGUACAAAGGCAUUGUAUGAAGGAGCUUUCACACCAUUUGUUCAGUUUCCUUUAAUUUUGUCUGAUGUCACCUAGCCAGGAGGCAGGCAGUUCUUGAUCAUUGGGGUCAUCCUGCCCUACUGCUCUGAGGGUUCUGCUCUCUCUAACAAACCCCAUUGACCUGGUUCCUGGUUCUAUACACUGCCACACUUUAGUUUUUAUUUUGUAAAUGUGAGCAACAGAGCAUAAGAGAGAGUGUGAUUACAAAAAAAAUCUGUUAACGAGCUUUGACCCAUAUUCCACUACAUACUGCAGAACUGACCUGGCUCUGGCCUGAUUUUCUCUCACCGGUCUCUUCUGGGUCCAGCUCUCUUUAGUUGGACUAAAGAGUUGCGAAACUCACUUAGUAUAAAUACCAAAUCAAUGACUGUUUUUAGGACUGUCAAAUGUUUCAUGUUUUAUAAAGUAUUUAGCCUUUUAAGGGACUACAUCAUUUAUAAUGAGGAAUACCUGGAGAAAAUCUGACCUCCCUUCAGGGAAAUAUAUUUUUUACACUACCCUCCAUGAACGCUUGAAAAAAAACGUGACCCUCCCCUAUACCCAAAAUAAUAAUUGAAGCAUAAAGUGGAGAGCGGAGAACAUGCUUAAUGUUUACCCUCACUCUUAAGACAGACCAGAGCCUUAGAUAUGCAAUUUUAGGAACUGUUCUUCAUUUUGGAAGCAUUACAUGGCAAAGUAGCCAGAAAGUUGUGGAUUCGUCGACUACUGCGGACAAGGAUACUACACUUUGUGUCCUCCUUCGCCUAACCACCGCCGGGAGGCCUGCUGUUCUGACAAUACCUAUCUGACCAUCGGUGGUACAGGGCAGCUCAGGUAGGUCAGGUAGCUGAAGAAGUGAGACGACCAGGCACCACCAGCAGACAUGGCCAGGACAUCUCUGCUGCAGGGCCUGACUGUGUUGCUCCUGGCCUGGGCUCUGGUGCACUGCCAAGCCCCUCUGGAGCCCCAGGAGGAAGAGGAAGAGGACGAUACCAUGGAGGAAACAGAGAUAGAGACCUUCCUGGUCCCGGCCGUGGCGAAGGUGGAGCCGGUGGUGUGUCCUGGCGAGUGUAGCUGUACAGAGGAGGGAGCAGUGGACUGUGCUGGGGUUGACCUCAUGGACUUUCCUAGUGAGCUGUCUGAGAGCACGCGCAUUCUCUCGCUGCAGAACAACCGGAUAGAACUAUUAACUGUUGAGGACCUGGCACGUCUGCAGCAACUGGAAACACUAAAUCUGCAAAACAACCGUCUGACAACCCAAGGCCUUGAAGAUGAAGGGUUUACAGUGCUGGAACAGCUGACCUACUUGUACUUGGCCAAUAACAAGCUCACCACAGCACCCAGACACCUGCCUCCCUCACUGGUCAGUGCUGAUUUUGCCGCAAAUUCACUCACAAAGAUCUACCCGUACACAUUUGGCCAGAAGCCAGGACUGAAGUCAGUGUAUCUCCAUAACAACAAACUGACAGAUGCAGGGCUACCAGAGAACAUGUUUAACGGUUCUGACAGCCUAGAGGUUCUCAUCAUGUCCAGUAACUUCCUCCGCUACGUCCCUAGGAACCUGCCCUCUGCUCUCUACCGCCUACAUCUAAAGAACAACAUGCUGGAGAAGAUCCCGUCAGGGGCGUUUGAUAGCCUGACCCAGCUCAGAGAGCUCUACCUACAGAACAACCUGCUUAGCAACGAAGGCAUGGACAACGAGACCUUCAGCCAGUUGACCAAGCUGGAGUAUCUGGACCUGUCCAACAACAACCUGAGUGUGGUUCCUCAGGGUCUGCCUCGAGGUCUGAUACUGCUACACCUAGAGAAGAACAACAUCCGCAGUAUCCCUGGCGAUGCCCUCAUAGCCUGCCGUAACCUGGAGUACCUACUGCUGCACAACAAUCAGCUACGCUCCCGCUCCAUACACCAAGCUGCAUUCCAUGGCCUGAAGAAGCUACACACCCUCCACAUGUACAACAACCAGCUGGAGCGUGUUCCCAGGGGUCUCCCCCGCCGAGCCAAGACCCUUAUGCUGCUUCACAACGGCAUCAACGAGAUUGGACGCAAUGACCUGGUGAUGCUUUACACCCUGACCGAGCUCAACCUCAGCUACAACCGCCUCAUUAGCCCCAAGCUGCACCGAGAAGCUUUCAGGAAGCUGCGUCUGCUGGAGACCUUGGACCUGUCAGGGAACGCCCUCCACUCCCUGCCCCUGGGGCUUCCCCGCUCCCUGCAGGUCCUCCGGGUGAAGGACAACCAGCUGACCUCCAUACCAGAGGGGGCGCUGCAGGGCAUGUCCAAGCUCAGGGAGAUCCACCUCAACCACAACCAGCUCAAACUCAACUCCAUCUACCAGGGAGCCUGGAUGGAGCUCAGCGCUCUGACGACGUUGGACCUGUCCAGUAACCAGCUGUCCCAUGUCCCCUCUGACCUGCCUGAGUCUCUGGAGUACCUGUACCUUCAGUCCAAUCGUAUUAGCACUGUCCCUGCCACCGCCUUCGAGGGCACCCCCAACAUCAAGGGUAUCUUCCUACGGUUCAACCAUCUGUCAGCCCACUCUGUGAAGGAGAGCUCCUUCAAACACCUCACCAACCUGCGGGUGCUAGACAUUGGCCACUUGAGUCACUCCGACCCCUCUGGCUCCCCCGGACCCCCCUUCGGACAAGAGGAAGAGGAGGAGGAGGAAGAGAUCGAGACAGAGGAAGUGGGAGAGGGAUUUGCUUAAUAAGUUUAGCCCAUGGACACAAGCUGCUUGAAUGAUCGGAACCAAAUGGUGCAGUUGUUUGGGAUGCCAUCCCAAAGUCCUGUUAUUUUGAACGUACAGAAACAUUUAUUUUUGCAGUAGAUCAGACUCAAUUCAAAAAUGUAAAUUAAACUAUGAAUGGAAGGGGAACAUGGUAUUUUGUCCCAUUGCAUAUAGUGGUGAAUUGCAGAUGCACAUAUCUCUGGUGCAGGAUACUAGAUUAAAUUGUAUUUUUGUUUGUUGUAUUAUUUUUCUGGCCUUUGCUUGUCUAUGCAACGACAGAUACGGUUGAUUUUUUGUUCAUCCCAAAUUGCACCCUAUUCACUAUUGUGUGCACUACAUUUGACUAGGGCCUAUAGGGCUCUGGUCAAAAGUACUGCACUAUAUAGGGAAUAGUGUGCCAAUUGGGACACCGCUUGUCUCACCACCAGGUUAGUGUAACCAGAAAGAAAGAGAUAGUCAGACCUCAUAUGUUGAUCAUAUUGUAUGAGUCCCAUCUCUGAACUUUACUGUGUGCUAGCUGUGUCACCAUACAAAGAAGAUUAUGUUGAGAUUUGAAGUUAUUGUCAUCAGUUCUGAGCCUGUAUUCAUACAGAUGUAGGAUCUUAAUUUGAUCACCCUGUUGCAGGAGAACAUUCCUGCAAUGCAGGAAAUGUAAAUUGUGUACUGUAGUGUAUUUGAGGUUUAAAAAGGUUUCUGGAGUUUGUAAUUCUCACUUUGAAAUUUCAGACUUGAUUUUCCAUUGCAAAAUAAUGUAUCAACUCCUACAAAGAUGUUCAUGAAUUAUAAUCCACAUAAUAAUUCACAUUUCCUGUUGCUGCAGGAUUAUUUUCCUGCUGUAGCAAACUGGCUCAAAUGAAGAUCCUACAUCUGUACAGUAAAGAGUCUCAGACUAGGAGUACUGAUCUUGGAUCAGAUCCCCGUUCUUAUUCAUUAUGGUCUAAAUGGCUAAACUGAUCCUAUAUCAGCACUUCUACUCUGAGAUGCUUUGUGGAUACUGGCUCUGGCUGUGAUUGUGUGUCAUGGCCUGGUAAGACAGUCUGGCUUUAUGUCAUUCUGUUAUUCUUAUAUCAUCGUUAAUAUGCCACAGAAGUUCCGUGACUGUGUCACAAUCUCCUCCCUCGCUCAGCCAACCAGGAGCUUGAUCCAUGCUGCUAAUCUAAUGCCUUGCUUUAAUCCAGUCUUGUUUUACAAUGAUAACGAUUGCAAAUAUUUGUAUAUGGUUUCUGAAAAACUCAUGCUAUUAAAUUAAUCUCGUUGCUAUGAA